UAGUCAUUGCUAACGUUUUUCUUAGCUUUGUUUGACUUUGCAUGACACGAAAGAGUAAGCAAUCACCGCUUAUUCCCGUUGAUCCAGAGCUAAAUAGGACUUUGAGAAACGUGAGGAGACUCUUGCAAGGCACACCCGAGUUUUCCAUUGUAUAUUCGGAUUCCGAUCCGGAAGAGGUUUUUGGAACUAACGAAGAAGAUAACAUGGGAGAGAAUCCUCCUCAACCAUUGUUAAGAGACUAUGACCACCCCAACGCAUUCCAACUUCGGAGUGGCAUACGUCUUCCCACCACAAAUGCAAACAACUUUGAACUUUCACCUCAACUCAUCCGUAUGAUUCAAAGCGAUCAAUUCGGAGGUAGUCCUCAUGAGUGUCCUUUUGCUCAUUUGGACAACUUUCUUGAGUUGUGUACAACUAUCAAGCAAAACAACAUUUCGGAAGAGUUCAUCCGUAUGCACAUGUUUCAAUUCUCCCUCCGUGAUAAAGCAAAACAUUGGUUGAGAACGGUUGAAGAGGGAUCAUUGAGUACAUGGGACGAAGUCACUAGAGCCUUUCUUGGAAAGUAUUGUCCUCCGGAAAAGACCGCCGAACUAAGAAGAAAGAUCACCAAUUUCAAUCAAGACAUUGAUGAAACAUUGAGUGAAGCUUGGGAGCGUUUCAAAGAUUACACAAGGAAAUGCCCCCACCAUGGUUUUACAUCAUGGAUCAUUGUACAAAGCUUCUAUGACGGUCUUACUCCUAUUUCAAGGGCCAACCUUGAUUCCGGGGCCGGUGGUAGCCUCAAAAAGCUAUCGGUGGACGAUGCAUACAAGAUGAUUGAAGAAGUGGCCAAGCAUUAUGCAUAUGGAGGUGAUAGAAGGCAACCUCAAACAAAGAAGGGCGGAAUUCAUGAUCUUAGUGCAAUAGAUCUUAUUGCAUCAAAGUUUGAUAUGCUAGCUCACAAGCUAGAUCAAGCCACCCUCACACCCUCAAGCUCUUCCUCGCAAGUCAUGUCUUGUGAGACUUGUGGAGGAAAUGAUCACUUGUCCUCUUAUUGCAACUCAACGAAUCAAGAGCAAGCGGCGGCAAUUGGGCAAAGGAAUGAACAAUACUCCCAAUCCCACAAUCAAAGUUGGAAGCCCCAACAUAACACGGGAUGGAAGCAAUACAACCAAGGCCCCCCACAAAAUAACUACAACCAAAAUCAAACCCAACCUCAAAACCACUACAACCAACCUCAAUCACAAAACCAACAAGCUCCAUACCGCCAUCCCAACCAAAGGGAUCAAAACCACCAAAGAUCACAAUAUAACCAACCCGCUCCUCCUCCUCCACCUCCUCAAAAGACUAGCCUUGAGUCCGUUCUUGAAACUUUCAUGACUCAACAAAUAAGGAACAAUGCGGAGAUGAAUGCAAACAUCCAACAACUCCAAGCACAUAAUAAGAUAAUGGAGGGCCAAUUGGCUCAAAUUGCACAACAAGUUGGAAGUUCAUCCUCCAAUCCUAGUGGUCACUUUCCAAGCUCAACGGUAGUGAACCCAAAGGAGCAAGCUAAGGCUAUCACUUUGAGAUCGGGAAGGGGUUAUGAGGGCCCGGUUAUGAGUGAGGAGGAGACACAAAAGAGAGAUGAGGGAGUUGUGGUGAGAAGUGAGGAUGAUUUUGAAAAUGAAGUAGUUGAAGUUGAGAGAAAAGAGCAAAAGAGUGAUGAGGGAGCCACAAAGAAAGACGAGGGAGAUGAAGAAAGAAUAGAAAAGCCCCCUAUGAGAGUAUAUAAGCCCCCCAUUCCGUUUCCUCAUAGAAUUGUAGAGAAGAAGUUGAAUGAGAAGUUUUCAAAAUUUCUUGAAGUCAUGAGAGGACUUCAAGUGAACAUCCCCUUUCUUCAUGCUAUGUCACAAAUGCCUACCUAUGCAAAAUUUUUGAAGGAUCUUCUAUCCAACAAGAGUAGGCUUGAAGAGAGUGCAACCAUCUCCCUUCCUAAGGAGGUGAGUGCAAUCAUCCAAAACAAGCUUCCCCAAAAGCUUGGUGACCCCGGUAGCUAUGCAAUACCGGUGAAGAUUGGAGAUUUGGAAGCUAUGGAUGCUUUAUGUGAUCUUGGGGCAAGUGUGAGCUUGAUGCCCUAUUCUAUUGCAAAGACCUUGAAAGUUGGAGACUUGAAACCAACAAGAAUGUCCUUACAACUAGCCGACCGCACGGUUAGGCUACCUUUGGGGAUUCUUGAAGAUGUGCCAGUUCAAGUUGGAAGAGUAUUUGUGCCGUGUGAUUUUGUAGUAAUGGAGAUGGAAGAAGAUUCAAGAGUACCCCUCAUUUUGGGGAGACCAUUUUUGAACACCGCGGGAGUGGUGAUUGAUAUGAAGGAAGGAAGAUUGACUUUAAAUGUGGGAGAUGAGAAAAUUUCAUUUUCAUUCUCACAACCUUUAAAAAAGCCAUUGAUUGAUGAAGUUCAUAGAAUUGACACAUUGGAGAGGGACUUAGAAGAGUUCCGAGAAAGAUUGUAUGAAAGAGAUCCUUUACAAGCUACCCUAACGGGAAGCUUUGUUGAGGAGGGUGAAGAAGCAAAGGGGUAUGAUCUCUUGCUCAACCAACCUUUGGCCCACGAGAUGAUAAAAUUUGAAGUGCUUAACGUGGAGGCAAAAGAGGAGUGGACUACGCCUCCUCCUAAGGUUGAACUUAAACCCCUUCCCCCUCUACUUAAAUAUGCUUUUCUUGAUGAUAGUGAGAAUUAUCCCGUUAUUGUCAAUGCUAAGCUCGAUGACACCUCUCUUGAGAAACUCCUAGUUGUUUUAAGGAAGUAUAGAGAUGUCAUUGGGUACAAAAUUGAUGACAUUAAGGGGAUAAGUCCCACCAUAUGCAUGCAUAAAAUUCUACUUGAUGAUGAUCAUGCUUCCUCGAUUGAGCACCAAAGAAGGCUCAAUCCCAAUAUGAAGGAAGUGGUAAAAAAGGAAGUUUUAAAACUUCUUGAGGCGGGCAUAAUCUAUCCUAUCUCCGAUAGUAAGUGGGUUAGCCCGGUUCAAGUUGUGCCUAAAAAGGGAGGCAUGACCAUCAUCAAAAAUGAUAAGGGUGAGACCAUUUCUACGAGGUCGAUCACCGGGUGGAGGAUGUGCAUUGAUUAUCGAAAAUUGAAUAAAUCCACCCGGAAAGACCACUUCCCACUCCCCUUCAUUGAUCAAAUAUUGGAAAGACUAGCAUCACAUAGUCAUUAUUGCUUCUUGGAUGGAUACUCGGGAUUCUUUCAAAUUCCAAUCCACCCCGAGGACCAAGAAAAGACUACAUUCACAUGUCCUUUUGGCACCUUCGCAUAUCGAAGAAUGCCAUUUGGGCUUUGUAAUGCACCUUCCACAUUUCAAAGGUGUAUGAUGUCUAUUUUUUCCGACAUGCUUGAAUCAUCAAUUGAGGUAUUCAUGGAUGACUUUUCUGUUUUUGGUUCAUCUUUUGACACUUGUCUUUCAAACUUGAUUAAAGUGUUAAAAAGAUGUCAAGAGGUGAACUUAGUUUUGAAUUGGGAGAAAUGUCAUUUCAUGGUAGAGGAGGGAAUUGUUCUUGGUCAUGUGAUUUCUAGUAGGGCCAUUGAGGUAGAUCGUGCCAAGAUUGAAGUAAUUGAGCGCCUCCCACCCCCUAAAAAUGUGAAGGGGAUAAGGAGCUUUCUUGGACAUGCGGGUUUUUACCGCCGGUUCAUAAAGGAUUUUUCAAAAAUCGCAAAGCCGCUCACUCAAUUGUUGGUAAAAGAUGCCCCUUUUGUGUUUACUAAUGAUUGUCAGCUAGCAUUUGAUAGGUUGAAGGAAGCCUUGAUUUCGGCUCCUAUAAUUCAACCCCCUAAUUGGGAACUUCCUUUCGAGCUUAUGUGUGAUGCUUCGGAUUUCGCCGUUGGGUCUGUUCUUGGACAAAGGAAGGACAAGAAGCUCCAUGCUAUCUAUUAUACUAGCAAAACAUUGGAUGAGGCACAAAGGAAUUACACAACCACGGAAAAGGAGUUUCUAGCCAUUGUUCAUGCAAUUGAGAAGUUUAGGUCCUACUUGUUGGGCUCUAAGGUCAUAGUUUUCACCGACCAUGCGGCCUUGAAGUACCUCUUGUCUAAGAAGGAACCUAAGCCAAGACUAUGUACCGGCAUUUCUACCCAGGGGGCUCAAGCUCCCAAGGGGGCCCGAACCAAUGAGUUAGUUUCUUCCUCCCCUUCUCUUUGUGCUUGCAUUGCUUUAACAUUGGGGACAAUGUUUAUGAUAGCUUGGGGGGGAGUGGAGUGUUCUCUCAUGUGUCAUUGGUUCGUGUUGUGUUUUCGUGUUUCCAUGAUUGAGUUUGCAUGUUGGUUUUUCCCAUUCUCUUCUUCCCUAACAUCCAAAUCCUUUAAAUCCAAAUUUGCUCCCUUUGAAAUCCAAUACCCUAAAUCCAAAUUUCUUAUCUUGUGA